CCGGCCGGCGCAGCAUCCGCGGCAGCGGCAGAGCCGAUCGAUGGAAGGCAGGGCGCUCCUUACGGAGCAAGGCGUUGACGCAGUGGAGCUCAGAAGGAACCGGCGUGAACGUGGUCGUCGAUGAUGUUACUCUGGCUGGUGCUUUUGGCGGCUGCUGCGUGCGCGUCGCGCGACGCCAAGCGGCUACACGAUGACCUGCUGUCAGACUACAACCGACUCAUCCGUCCUGUCGGCAAUCAUUCACAUAAGGUGACCAUCGUGGUCGGUCUAAAGCUGUCACAGCUCAUCGACAUCAACCUCAAGCACCAGGUCAUGACUACUAACAUCUGGCUUGAACAGGAAUGGGAAGAUGACAAGCUUCGCUGGAACCCGGAGGAUUACGGUGGUGUGGACAUGAUUCACGUUCCGGCAGAGAGUCUCUGGCUUCCAGACAUCGUGCUUUUCAACAAUGCGGACGGUAACUACGAGGUGAUCCUGAUGAACAAAGCGACCGUGUACUCGACAGGCAAGGUGGUUUGGAAGCCGCCUGCUCUCUACAAGAGCACCUGCGAGAUCGACGUCGAGUAUUUCCCCUUUGACGAGCAGAACUGCCUCAUGAAGUUUGGCUCCUGGACCUACGAUGGCCUUGAGGUGGACCUCCAGCAUGUUAAGCAGCGUCCCGGCGUGGCCGUGGUGGAGACGGGCAUCGACAUGAGCGAAUUCUACAAAUCCGUCGAGUGGGAUAUCCUGCGCGUGCCUGCCAAAUACAACAACGAGUUCUAUGACUGCUGCGAGGAGCCCUUCCCGGACAUCACCUUCAACAUCACCAUGCGCCGAAAGACGCUCUUCUACACGGUCAACCUCAUCAUCCCCUGCGUGGGAAUCUCGUUCCUGACCGUGCUCGUCUUCUACCUUCCCUCGGAUUCUGGCGAGAAGGUGACGCUCUGCAUUUCCAUUCUCGUCUCACUCACUGUGUUCUUCCUGCUGCUCGCCGAGAUCAUCCCGCCCACUUCACUGGCUGUGCCGCUUCUAGGCAAAUACCUGCUCUUCACCAUGAUUCUCGUCACGCUGUCCAUCUCGGUGACCGUCGGAGUGCUCAACGUGCACUUCCGGUCCCCAUCGACGCACCGCAUGGCGCCCUGGGUCCGGCGCGUGUUCGUGCACCUCAUGCCGCGACUGCUGCUACUGCGGAGGCCCGACGCGGCCGACCGCCAGCAGCCGCCGGUCGACCCGUUGCAACUACUACUACUACGGCGGCCUACAGAACCGGUGGCACCACCGCCGGUGGUGCCUCCUUCGGCUGCCGCCACAGACCACCAGCAGUCCGAGUCCCCGGAGGCCGGCUCAUGUACGCCGGAAGUGCGCCGGGCCAUCGAUAGCGUGCUCUUCAUCGCAGACCACAUACGUAAGGAGGACGACGACGAGAGUGACUGCGAGGACUGGAAAUACGUGGCGAUGGUAUUGGACAGACUGUUCCUGUGGAUAUUCACGCUCGCUAGCCUGGUGGGCACGUGCGGCAUCAUCCUGCAGGCCCCUUCACUCUACGACACUCGGCUGCCCAUCGACGUCCAGAUGUCUCACAUCGGCCGCGAGUACGCCACUCUGCACUCGCCCUGAUCCAUGACGUACGAGACGCGGGCUGAACUCUGGUGGCAACUCUGACCCCCAAGCGGUGCUCCUUGUCCUGAAGCAGUGAAGUUGUACACCGGUAUAGAUGUACGGUUUAGAUGACUUAAUGGAAGCGCAAUGUUUUGUGCAUUUCCGCUUACUGCAUUCCCACGCUCCUGUAAAUGGCUGGCCUCGCGAAAGUACAUUGAAAUACCUUUCUAUUGAACGUGGCUUGAGAAAACUCAGCUGAGUGAACAAUUUAAAAAUUCACAGCCCUUCCCCUGUCAAGACAGUGGGGGUAAGCGAAGCUUGUGGCAAGACGACACUGUCGCAGGCGAUCCGCUUCGUUUGUCCUAAACACAGGGUCGACGGCUCUUCAUUGACGUUUGGCAUCAACAUCGCGCUCCUGGAACUCGGGGUCCUUGGCUCUUCGCUGACGUUUCGCCUGGGCUUCAAAGCCCUCACGCUAGAAUCGGACGACAAGCUUCGCUUACCCCCAUUUUCUCGACAGGAGAAGGGCUGGUGAUUUUGUCUCUUUGGGCCCCACGUGUGACAAUGGUAGUUCAAGGGCGCGUUACAGGUCCCCUAGCCUACAGGGGUAUGUGCCAUUGAGCUCGUACCCUUUCUGCACUAUCACCAGGGUCGGCCCACUUUUCAGCGUGACACCACCACCACCACCGCCGCCUAAACUUGUGAGCCUGUAAAGCUUCGCUUAAAAAGUCGGCUCGGAUAACGAGCGUAUCUAUUUACGCUUCACUUGGAUGGAUUUGCACUUCAGCGAGCAAUUUCUUGAAGCCAUGCCUGUGCUACAGCAGUGAUGGGUUCGUUCCUUGUACGUUCCUGCCUCACGAAAGAACGAUGAUGAUGCAAGAUUUUGUGCGAACGCUUCGUUCUCUCUGGAGCAGGAACAUCAAUCCAUGCCUUUUAUAUACGCAUAGUGUAAUAAAUACGAUCUAGUAUAGUAAUCGCGUAGCGCUAUUGGUACAGACCAUACAUAUAUAUAGUCCUCUUGAAAGACAAUUUCACUAACCAAGAAAAGACUGGGAAAGGAAGAAUGUGGUUCUUCGCACUGUUGGCGCAGAUAAAAAAAAAAAAAAAAACAAUCGGCGUUAGGCAUGACGCGCUACGACGCGGCGACCAUGUCAGGACGGUAACUAACGUAUUGCAAUGUAUGGUUGACGACAAUACAACAAGCAUGCACUGUUGCAAGCUGAUUUACUAGGCGAGCUCAAUACGUUUUAGUGAUAUUUCUUUCGGUGGUGCAAACCAGCUGUGGGUGAGGAACCCUGCGACUCCGAACAAGAGGAGAAGGCACGAGGUUUGUGCAGUGGCUCUUAAUAGCCCACCGUGAUGCUAUGGGGCUAUGGCGUUUUGCUGUGUAGGGUCAAGUUGAGCGUUCAGAUCGCCUCCAUGGAAGCCGCAUUUCGAUGGGGGCGAUAUGCGAGAACGGUCGCGUACCAUGGUAUAACCCAGCCGGGCAAACUUGUUUCCAAAAGCCCCCCCCCCCCCCCCCCCCCUUAAAAAAAAGAACGAAAAGAAGGGAGAAAAUUCACCGCAUAUCCAGGAAGUGAAUGAGGAUGAGUGGGCGAAGCACCGGGGAUCAUUCGGUUAACGGUGAAUCCCCCGACGCCGGCAAGCGGACCCAGAGGCGGCGAGAGCGCGGGAAGCGGCGGCAAAACACUGGACGCGUUCUCUACCUGCGGUUGUUGGCGCCGAUGCUCGAUUCAAGCGCGAGCUUCGAGCGCCCUCAACUCCGGGUCCGCUUGCCGGCGUUGUCAUACUGCUGCAGCUUUACGAGCCCUCAGCUCCGGGUCCACAUGCCGGCGUUGCCGUGCUGCUGCAGCUUCGCGAGCCCUCAGCUCCUGGUCCGCUUGCCGGCGUUGCCGUUUUGCUGCAGCUUCGCGCGCCCUAGACUCCGGGUCCGCUUGUUGUCUGCGUCGCCGUGCUGCAGCAGCUUGCCGAGCCCUCGACUCCGCUUGCAGUUGAGCCGCCACUCUCGCUUUUUCAUCCAUAGCGGGCGCGCCGGUAUCAGAAGCGACCGUUAUCAUCCAUGGCUGAAGAGAGAAAGAGAGCGCGCGUCGGGAACGAACGCCCUUGUGCACCGCAGCGCCCCUAGCGGACUCCAUGCAAAUCAGAGCUACGGACGACGGGCGACGACGAGGGGAGGACAAGGCUCGGCCCUAAGGUGCUUCGGCCCUAAAAAACUGUAAGCCCUUCCACUGGGGUGGAAAUGGCAGACCAGCGAAGCUGUACUAUGGUGGGAAUUAUGUAUUUCCAAUUAUGACUAUUAAGAUGUGGUGGUGUAAUUGGUUAUUUGAACUAUUAAAGAAUGAGAAAUAUAUAUGAUCCGGUGGUUAUCAUUUAUUUAGUGGUCACAGGGACCAUGGCCUUAUGGUCGCUACGGUACACCGCCAUAGGGUGUACGGCAAAGGUUGGCACGUUCUUCAUAAACACGUCACCAACGCCGCGCGCGUUCGGUGCGAACGCGGGCAAAACGCCUCCGCCGUCGACAACACUUGUGCGCGUUGUUUGUGUGACCGCGCACAACCGCUGUCAAAACGCUGGCUACGUGGCGGAACGCCGUUCCGUCCGGCGCAUGCGCCGCAGUGGGAGAGCGGGCACGCACACGCAGUCUAUGGUGCCUCGAUGCCCUCCUCGCCUACCGCUCCCCUUCCACUGGGAAGUCGGCUAUGCUCGCCAUACAGCAUACGGCCAAUGACAGUUUUUUUUUUUCUAUUGCCGGACGCGACCAUGGAAGGGUGAGCCCUUAACAGCUUCGCUGUAAAAAAAUGAGACUACGGAAUCUACGUAGGUUAAGUGUUGCUUUGAGUAUUUUAAUCUCAUCAUCAACAGAUGGUGAUCACGCCACUAGAGUUACUGUAUGUGUAACUCUACACGCCACGCAUUCUCGGCGCCAUCUCUCGCAACGUACAGAACCGUUUCUUAUUGCCGCGUAUACACCACAUAGGGUGCUGAGGGGGAACGGAGUUUAUGGUUAGGCAUUUAUUCUCAAAGAGGUGGUGUGAUCCCGUUAACUGGUUAAAGUUUUUUUUUCCUUUUCUCUCUUCUUUUUUUUUUUUUUUUGUUAUUCCACUGUACCAAUAUAGAAGAACCAGCAUUGGAAACCUCUGAAACUUCAAUUUCUUUUCUGAGAAUCUCUACGCUGUACUGUGGUGAACGUGGUGCCUGAUGAUCGCAGGAAGAAGGCAUUUAUGUCUCAUUACUUUCUGCCCGAAAGCUGUUGUUUGCAGAAGGAUUGUAAGCUGAGCUUGUUUGUACAUAUUUACGUGAAUACUUGGGGACAACGCUGUUGUUUGCUUUGCUGUUGUAUACUUGUCUUGUUGGUCGUUCUUAAAAUAAACGUACUUCGUUCUGACAACAAUGUACAGUAUGCCAAUAUUGAAUGACGGAAAGCACACACACUUUCCCCAUUAGGUGUUGAGGCGUUUUGGCUGUAUUCGACCCGUCCAAUAAAGCCGACCUAUCAGGCCACCCAAAUAGAUGAAACCUGUCACAUAUGAUCUAACUGCAUAAGCAAAGAAAAAGCGUUAAUUCACUCUGCAGCGCUUUGAGUAGAGCCCAUCGC